GUGCGGCGGCGCGGCGGUGCGCCGGCUCGCUGGCCUGGGCGAGCGGCCGCGGCGGGAGCGGAGGAGGCGGAGCCGCGCGGCGGCGGUAGCGGCUAGUGGCGGGAGCGGCGGCGGCCCGGGACCGGCCGGAGCGCCGCUGGCCAAGCGCACAGGCCGCGGCCCGCGGAGCCCGCCAUGCCGGCGCGGGUCUGAGGCGCGGCGGGCCAGCGCCGAGGCGAGCGGCGGCCGCGCCGGCCGGGGUUCCCGCAGCGGCCCGGCCUGGGCCCGAUGAGCGGCGGCCUCGGCCUCCGGCGCAGCCCGGAAAUGUCCGGCAAGAUCGAGAAAGCAGACUCUCAGCGUUCCCACCUCUCCUCCUUCACCAUGAAGCUGAUGGACAAAUUCCACUCGCCCAAGAUCAAGAGGACUCCCUCCAAGAAGGGCAAACCGGCCGACGUGUCCAUGAAAAUUCUGGAGAAGCCUGUCCACAAGGAGGCAACAGACAGAUUCCUACCAGAGGGCUACCCUGUCCCCUUGGAUCUGGAGCAGCAGGCAGUAGAAUUUAUGUCCACCAGUGCUGGGGCUUCCGGGUCUCAAAGGCAGAAGAACCUGAGCUGGCUGGAAGAGAAAGAGAAGGAGGUGGUCAGCGCCUUGCGCUACUUUAAGACCAUCGUGGACAAGAUGGCCAUUGACAAGAAGGUGCUGGAGAUGCUCCCAGGGUCCGCCAGCAAGGUGCUGGAGGCCAUCCUGCCGCUGGUGCAGAGCGACCCUCGCAUUCAGCACAGCUCCGCGCUCGCGUCCUGCUACAGCCGAGUGUACCAGAGCCUGGCCAACCUCAUCCGCUGGUCCGACCAGGUGAUGCUGGAAGGCGUGAACUCCGAAGACAAAGAGGUGGUGACGUCGGUGAAGGGGGUCAUCAAGGCGGUGCUGGACGGAGUCAAGGAGCUGGUCAGACUCACCGUGGAGAAGCAGGGGCACCCGUCUCCGACAAGCCCAGUGAAACCCAGCUCUCCAGUCUGCAAGCCCGAUGGCCGGUCUGAGCUCCCCCUGACAGACCGAGAGAUGGAGAUCCUGAACCGGACGGCCAGCACGUCGCAGUCGGCCGGGCUGCUCCUCGACUCCGCUGACGAGGAGGUGGCGCCCCCCAAGCCCCCCCUCCCUGGCAUCCGGGUGGUCGAUAAUAGCCCUCCACCGGCACUGCCACCGAAGAAGAGACAGUCAGCCCCGUCCCCGACCCGCGUGGCCAUCGUGGCCCCCAUGAGCCGAGCCACCAGCGGCUCCAGUUUGCCUGUUGGAAUUAAUAGGCAGGACCUCGAUGGGGACUGCUAUGCCCAGAGGCGCCUGUCAGGAGGCAGCCACUCCUACGGAGGCGAGUCGCCCCGCCUGUCCCCUUGCAGCAGCAUCGGCAAGCUCAGCAGGUCCGACGAGCAGCUGUCCUCGCUGGACAGGGACAGCGGGCAGUGUUCCCGGAACACGAGCUGUGAAACGCUAGAUCAUUACGACCCGGACUACGAAUUCCUUCAGCAAGACCUCUCGAACGCAGACCAGAUACCUCAGCCCGCGGCCUGCAACCUCAGCCCGCUGCCGGAGUCCCUGGGGGAGUCUGGGUCCCCGUUCCUCAGCCAUCCCUUCCAGCUGCCUCUCGGCAGCUGCCCCCAGCCGGACGGGCCCUUAGCCCCAGGGCCGCCGGCGGACAUGCCGCCGGCCCUCCCGGAGAAGAAGCGCAGGAGCGCGGCCUCCCAGACCGCGGACGGCUCUGGCUGCAGGGUGUCCUACGAGCGGCACCCCUCCCAGUACGACAACAUCUCCGAGGACGACCUGCAGAACCCGGCCUUGGUCCGGCCCCUCCCCUUCACGCCCUUCGCUGCUAUCCUCCCCCUUCAGCAAGGAGGUUCCUCAGCCUCGGUUGAAUUUGUGGGUGACUUCACUGUUCCUGAAUCGACGGGUGACCCAGAAAAACCGCCUCCUCUGCCAGAAAAGAAAAACAAACACAUGCUGGCCUACAUGCAGCUGCUGGAGGACUACUCGGAGCCACAGCCGUCCGUGUUCUACCAGACGCCGCAGAACGAGCACGUCUACCAGCAGAAGAACCGGCUCCUCAUGGAGGUCUACGGCUUCACCGACUCCUUCAGCAGCGCAGACGCCCCGCCGGAGCUGGCGCCGCCCCCCGCCCUGCCUCCCAAGCAGCGGCAGCUGCAGGCCUCCUAUGCUGCUUCUUCCUUCUCCUCUGUCUCCUACUGUGUCCAGCAAACUAAAGUGGCCUUCACCCCCGAGGACAGCAGUGCCACUCAGGGCAUCAGUGUGUCCGUCUCUAACUCCUUUCUCAGCCGGCACGGCAACUUACCUGUGCCCUCGGCCACACCCCGCUGCACCCCAUCCUCAUUGCUGGGAGUGACCCACCGCCCACUGAGUUGCCCAAGCCAGAAACAGUACAAGUCUGUGUUCAGGUCCUUCUCCCAGGACUCCGUGCCUCACAGCCAAGCUUCCGCACAACCUUUCCUCCCGCCUACCUCCUCUUCCUCUCCACACUUCCCACCUGUCCACCAGUCUCAGAGCUCGGACCUAGCGGUGCCAGCCGCCGCCGGUCCGCCCCCCAGCGCCGUGGACGGGCCUCUCUCGUCUUCUCAGGAGAGCACCUUUCCCGGGAGCCCUGUCUGCCUUCCUUCCGAAACCUCUCUCCCUGACUCGCCCCAGACGCCUUCGAGUGACAACGCCAUCGAGGAGGCGGGUGAGGGUGAAUAUGUCAAUCUGUGCUCCUCUGGCCAGAGCGGCGAGGAGCUGGCCCACUCUCGAGGAGACUCGCCAGCUGGGAAAGACGGGCACCCCAGGGAUCCCUCUGCGCUCAGCAGCACAGCCGGGAAGGAGAGCCGGGACGGCGGAGAAAGGGCCCCGAGGUCACCAGAGACUCCAGAGCCGGCGCAGUCGGAGGAGGAAGUGGACGAGCUGUCUCUCAUCGACCACAGUGAAAUCAUGGCCAGGCUGACACUCAAGCAGGAGGGUGACGACGGGCCCGAUGUCCGAGGGGGGUCUGGAGACAUCCUGCUGGUCCACGCCACCGAGACAGACCGGAAAGACCUGGUGCUGUACUGCGAGGCCUUCUUGACCACCUACCGGACCUUCAUCACCCCCGAGGAGCUCAUCAAGAAGCUGCAGUACCGGUACGAGAAGUUCUCCCCCUUUGCCGAUACGUUCAAGAAGCGCGUCAGCAAGAACACGUUCUUCGUUCUGGUGCGGGUGGUGGAUGAGCUCUGCCUAGUGGAGCUGACAGAAGAGAUCUUGAAGCUGCUGAUGGAGCUGGUCUUCCGCUUGGUGUGCAGCGGUGAGCUCAGCCUGGCCCGUGUGCUCCGGAAGAACAUCCUGGACAAGGUGGACCAGAAGAAGCUACUCAGGUGUGCCAACUCCGACCAGCCCCUUGCAGCCAGGGGAGUGGCAGCCAGGCCGGGGACUCUACAUGACUUUCACAGCCAUGAAAUAGCCGAGCAGCUGACCCUGCUAGAUGCCGAGCUCUUUUAUAAAAUAGAGAUCCCUGAGGUUUUACUUUGGGCAAAAGAGCAGAACGAGGAGAAGAGCCCCAACCUGACCCAGUUCACAGAGCACUUCAACAACAUGUCCUACUGGGUCCGGUCAAUAAUCAUGUUACAGGAAAAGGCCCAGGACAGGGAACGGCUGCUCCUGAAGUUCAUCAAGAUCAUGAAGCAUCUGCGGAAGCUGAACAACUUCAACUCCUACCUGGCCAUCCUCUCGGCGCUGGACUCGGCGCCCAUCCGCAGGCUGGAGUGGCAGAAGCAGACCUCAGAGGGCCUGGCGGAGUACUGCACGCUGAUUGACAGCUCGUCCUCCUUCCGCGCCUACCGCGCCGCCCUCUCGGAGGUGGAGCCGCCCUGCAUCCCGUACCUGGGGCUCAUCCUGCAGGACCUCACCUUCGUGCACCUAGGCAACCCAGACUACAUCGACGGCAAGGUGAACUUCUCCAAGCGGUGGCAGCAGUUCAACAUCCUGGACAGCAUGCGCUGCUUCCAGCAGGCGCACUAUGACAUCCGGAGAAACGACGACAUCAUAAACUUCUUCAAUGACUUCAGCGACCACCUGGCCGAGGAGGCCCUGUGGGAACUGUCUCUGAAAAUCAAACCCAGGAACAUAACGAGGAGAAAAACAGACCGGGAAGAGAAGACCUAGGAGAAGGUGCCGUGAGCGAGGAGAACGCUCAGGAGAGGCUCCGAGUGCGGCUCCGAGCCUGGACGGGACUUGGGACCUGGUGGGUGACAGCAGGGUGCGUCCCGGCCGUGGUCUCGGGGCCUGGCAGGGCAGGAGCCCGGGGCCCAGGCAGCUUCCGGCCUCCUCCUCCUGCGCGCCGAGCCAGCAGGCAGGUCUCGUUGCUGAUUUGUGACUCGGUGGUUUUCUGGUUUGGUUUCUGCUUUCACGUCUGUCUCCCCCCCCCCCCCCCCGUCCCUGUCCCCCACUCCUCCGCCCCCGGGAGCAGACAAGGAACACCGGCAUCUUCACCGCUUCGACUGCAGGGUCCUAGACCUGCUGAAAUGACAGACGAGUGCAGGCUCAAGGGCCCUUGUGGGGGGCUGUGCUUCCUGGGACCUUGAAUGAGGAGGACAUCUCUUAGCUGGGUGGGCAGAGAGGAUGGGGGUGCUCCUUCUACUUUCUAGUCCUGCUUUUUAAAACAGAGGGUGGUGAGCUGCUCGCCCGGCCCAGGAGGUACGGCAGGGCCCUUGCAGCCCCGGUGCUCCUGUCCCGGUAUAGCCCCCAGGGCCCGCGGCCGUGAGCAGCGGCAUCUGCCAGUCCUGCCCCUGCAUCUCUCCCGCCCCCGCCGUCGCUGCUGCUGGGAGCUGGGAGGAAGAGGCUGUAGCAGGACAGGACUCGACCAUCCAAGAGACCCGUUUCACCUGAGCUGGGCCCGUAACUCGGGUCAGUUCAUUCAGAGAGAGUGGGGGCCUUUCUGUCCUGGGGGAGGCCAGUGGGCCCUCCACUGUCACUCGCCAUGUGCCUUAAACUCCAUCUCCUACCCCCUGCCCCCAGACUCCCUCCUAACUUGCUCCAUCCUGGUGGGUGGCAGGGGCUCCUUCCGCUCAUGAGACCAGAGGCUUUUCCGUCCUCCUGCUCCCGCCAUUCUUGAUGCCGAGGUCGACAGUCUGCGGCCAGGGCUGCGGGGUCCCAUCCCCAGGGUGCCCUGCAUUCAGCCCAGGCAACCGGGCAGUGGGAAGCAACAGCUGCGGGCUGUUUAGACUUUGUUUUUAAAGGAACAGCCAAGUCACUGCGAGUCCUUGGUGGGUCUUGAGCAGCUUGUCUCAAGAAGAAGCUGGCCGGUCUUUUCCCUCCCUCGCCUGCCCUGCACGGGGAGGGGACGUCUAGGAAAUGUCGGUCUCAGUCCCUCUGGCGGAGACUGUGCAGGCGUCAGGACGGAGCACGUGGCUUUAUUUAAAAAGUGUGUGAGUCGCGUCCCUGUGACCGAGUGCGGGGGCGGGGUCCGUGCCUGCCAGCUGCAGUCCUCCCGGCCUGCCCCAGCCUGGCCUGGGUUCUGGGCCCCAAAGGGCCUCAGCGCUUCCGAGAGCCCGGGUCUCCCGCCGUAGCGCCCAGCCACUCGCGGGCACGUGCGAGUCUGGCCUGUUCUCGGCCGUGAGCAGGUGGGGUGGGGGCUCCACCUCCCCACAGCUCAGAGGUGGCCCUGCCCCCGCCAUCCCCGAGCCCUCGGGGGUCUGAGCAGAGGUGCCAGAUGCCAGGCGAGCCAUGUGGGUGGAGGCGGGGCAGCGUGCUGGCCGCCAGGCUUGGCCGAGAGCUGUCUCUGGGGCAGGUGAGAGACUUGAUCGGGACAGUUGGAUUCCGUGCGAGGGUGGAGGGGCAGCCAAGGAGAGGGUGGGCUGGCGCUGACUCUGAACUGAACCCCGAUUCUGAGAGGCACCCCCAUGUUGUUGUAAUGUGUGUUCCUGCCUAACCUGACUGACAGUGGCACCUCCCGCAGACAUUUCAAGCCUGUAACUUUUGUAUGAAAGAAUAAAUACCAAGGGAA